CAUCCACCUCUCUCUCACUCUCUCUCUUUUUUCCUCAGCUCUCCUUUCUCAAAAAAGCCAUGACGGCGAUCCCGCGAUCCAUCUUCGCCUCCGCGCCAUCUUUGUAUUAAUUCUAAUUUAUUUUUAUUUUUAAUUUUUUAUAUAUAUAUAUCUAUAUAUAUAUAUACUAUCCACACGCACGCACACAUUUUGUGUCCCCGUUUUUGUGGAUGUCACAGGCGUUGGAUGAAGACGUUUUCUUGCCCCAGCGGAGUCUCCUCUCCUCUCUAACCCCGGCUCUCCCCGAUGUGAUCCGCCGCCGCUGCAGCCGCUGCCAGCCACCAUGUCUCGCCGCAAGCAAGGCAAACCCCAGCACUUGAGCAAACGGGAUUUUUCGCCAGCCGAGCCCCUCUCCGCGGCUGCCAUCUCAUCGGAGGAGCUAUCAGAGCGCUGCUCGGAGAACUCGGAGGAGAGCGGCAGCCUCAACAACGGCCACCGCCCCGGCUCCACUGUGGGCCGGCUGGCCCGGCUGGGUCAUGACCCCCACGCCUCCCCAGAGCAGGACCUGCUGACGUGCGGCCAGUGCCAGGCCACCUUCCCGCUGGCGGACAUCCUGCUCUUCAUCGAGCACAAGCGGAAGCGAUGCCACGGGCCGCCGUGCCUGACCGUGGGCCGGGGGCUGGACAAGCCGCCCUCGCCCUCCCCGGGCCUGGCCCUCACCCCGUCCCCCGCCCUGGGCGCCCUGCGCGGCCGGAGGCCCGUGGAGGUGGGCGUCCAGGCCACGCUGGCGGAAGACGACGACGACAACCGGUUCACGCUGCCCCGGGGGAUUUGCCCCAAACAGGAACCUCUGCCAGGUAAGGAGGAGCCGACCACCUACACCUGCACUACGUGUAAACAGUCGUACGGCAGCGCUUGGUUCUUGCUGCAACACGCCCAGAAUAACCACGGCUUCCGCAUCUACUUGGAAAGUGAACACGGCAGCCCCCUGACACCACGCAUGGGUGGACCCUCCUCUUUGGGCGGAGGCGCAGACUGCCCGUCUCAGCCCCCGCUUCAUGGCCUCCAUUUGCCCCCAGAUGCAAGCCCCUUCAACCUCCUGCGCAUCCCCGGCUCGGGCUCAGGUGGACGGGACAGCGUUGGGCUAGGGGGUGGAGUCGGUGCUGUUGCCACAGCUGGUGGGGGCCAUCUUCAGCGAUUCCCUCCCACGCCGCCUCUUUUCAGCCCGCCUCCGAGGAACCACUUGGACCCCCAUCACCUGAGCCCAGAGGAGCUGGCGCUGGCAGCCCACCACCCGAGUGCCUUUGACAGGGUGCUGCGCCUCAAUCCUCCUCUUCCCCUGGACCCACCUCCUACCAUGGACUUCUCACGGCGGUUACGGGAGCUGGCGGGCAACGCCUCAGGGUCCACUCCCCCUUUGUCCCCCAGCCGACCCAGCCCCAUGCAACGCUUGCUCCAGCCAUUCCAGACAGGGGGAGGAAGUGGAGGAGCAGCAGGUGGAGGAGCAGGGGGCAGCAAACCUCCAUAUCUUGCUACCCCACCUCCUCUUCCAGGUUCCCUGCAGUCACCUGUGGGCUCACAGACUACCCCGACUCCCCUUAUUCCUUCAGGAGAGGCGACACCCUCCUCCAACAACCCCUUGAAAUCAAAGUGUUGUGAAUUUUGUGGCAAGGCCUUCAAGUUCCAGAGUAAUCUAAUUGUGCACAGGCGCAGUCACACGGGAGAGAAGCCGUACAAAUGUCACCUGUGUGAUCAUGCUUGCUCACAGGCGAGUAAACUGAAACGUCACAUGAAGACUCACAUGCACAAAUCCUCCUCUCCGAAUGCAAGCAAGUCAGAGGACGGGCUCUCAAUGGCCUCCUCUCCAGAGCCUGGCACCAGCGAGCACAUGGGUAGUGCAAGCAGUGCUCUAAAGUCAGUCGUGGCCAAGCUGAAAAGUGAGAAUAACCGCUUGCGAAGGGAAAACGGUGAGGAGGAGGAAGAGGAAGAAGAGGAGGAGGAGGAGGAGGAAGAGGAGGAGGAAGAAGAGGAGGAGGAGGAAGAAGAAGAAAUAGAGGAGGAAGAGGAUCAAAAUGGAGAGAGGGCACCCAGAAGAAACAACAGCUACCACUUUGGUUUGAAUCUUGAAACAGCACGGCAGCAUGAAAACAAUGGCGGCAUCGGAACCCGACUUGGAAGUUUGGCCGAUGACGUAUCCAUCCCUCGAUCGUUACCCGAGGUGAUGCAGGGAAUGGGUCUGGCCGCAAGCAUGCAGCACUUCAGCGAAGCACUUAACGCACACAAACGGAACGCCAUGGCCCAGGAGAACCACCUUCACCACCACCUCAACCGAGACCACCACCACAAUCGUGACAUGUGUGAUGGAGUCUCUGUCCUGGAAACGGAUCGUGGGGAGGAAGGUUCUGUCUCGACAGUGAAUGGGCGGGGAGCGUCCCCCAAUGAAUCGGCCUCUGUCGGCCUCUCUAAGAAACUGCUUCUAGGUAGCCCCAGUCCAAUCAGCCCUUUCUCCAAACGUAUCAAGCUGGAAAAGGAGUUUGACCUGCCCACACCCACGAUCCCUAACACAGAGAACGUCUACUCGCAGUGGUUGGCAGGUUAUGCCGCCUCCCGACAACUCAAGGACCCUUUUCUGAACUUUGGGGAUUCCAGACAAUCGCCGUUCACCUCUUCGUCAGAGCAUUCUUCAGAGAAUGGCAGUCUGCGUUUCUCGACUCCUCCGGGGGAAUUGGACGGUGGGAUGUCGGGCCGCAGCGGCACCGGCAGCGGGGGCAGCACCCCGCACCUUGGAGGUCCCGGGCGGCCCAGCUCCAAGGACAGCCGCAGGUGUGACACUUGUGAGUACUGCGGCAAAGUGUUCAAGAACUGCAGUAACCUCACGGUACACCGACGCAGCCAUACUGGGGAGAGACCGUACAAAUGUGAGCUGUGCAAUUACGCUUGUGCGCAGAGUUCCAAACUGACACGCCAUAUGAAGACCCACGGUCAGGUGGGCAAAGACGUGUACAAGUGUGAGGUUUGUCAGAUGCCCUUCAGUGUCUACAGCACCCUGGAGAAACACAUGAAAAAAUGGCACAGUGACCGUCCUUUGAGUACCGAAAUAAAAUCUGAGUAGAAGGCCGAACUUAUGGGACCUUUUUCCCCCCCACACAGCUAUGUCCGCCAUUAGUCCCCUGUUUAUUCCCAGCUCCUUGUAGAUUUGCCCCAAAACCCCAAACACUCCACUUUCACCAGUCCGGUGGAAGCUUAAGACCAUGUGCUCUGCACCAGCACACCCCGCCUCCAUUACCCAUUGAAUGCAUGAUCUGUAUCGGGGCAAUACUCUUGCAUUGACGCAAAACUUUGAGCCUUUCUCUUGUGCAAUAAUUUACAUGUUGUGUACAAUUUUAUUUUCUUUUUUUUUUAUUUCUGAGUUUUUUCCGUUUCCAUUUUUAAGAAUUAGUCAGCAUGCAUAGUAUGUUUUUGCUAAUUGAAAAAAAAAGAAGAGAAAAUAACUUGUCCCUGGUUGAUUACUUGUUGAGUAAAUGUGUUGCUGUUUUUUCCUCUUGUUCUGUUUUUUUCUUUUUAUUCUCCAAAAAGAGAAAAGACAAGAAAGAGACAUCCAUGCUGCAUACAUUCUGUGACACAUAUCAUGUACAGUUUGGUUUUGUAAACAUGGAAGGUGAGCAGUCUUUGCCCUCUUCUUACAACCCUGGAAAAUGCACUUAUCCUGAUCUUUCUAAAAGACACCAUGUUCACACAGGGUUUUAAAAAAAGAAAAGAGGAAAGAACACAAAAUCAAACAUUAGCAUGAUAAUUACACGUAAAAUUAACGACAGCCUUCAAAAAUUUCUUUAAAAAAGACAAGGGUGAGCUCGAAAUUCGUACUAUCAUUUGGUUUAAAACUAAACAAAAAAGAAAGAAAGAAAGAGUGCCUUUGAUAUUACGUGACUGCAUUGGCCGUAAUCUUAUCUGGUAUAAGUUUGGGGUCAUGCUAGAUAAAGCUAAAAGGUUAAAGCCACCCGGGUUAAGGUUCUUGCAUCAAGUACCUGACUGCUCAAAUGGGCUGUGACAACUAACGAAAGAUCUCAUCAAUCAUCAUUUAGCUACCUAUUACAUGUUCAAUAGGCUUAAUCUUUGAUGUGUGGAAUUCAUGGCAAGCAUGGUACAAGCAGUAUUGUGUAUAUCUGAAUUAUUAUGUUGUUUUUUUUGUUUUGUUUGUUUGUUUCUGGUAUGGAGAUAAAUCUGUAACGUACAAUCCUGCUCUUGAGGGAUACGACGCAUGGACGGACGGCGGAGGAUGUGUCGUGUAUCUGCGUUAGCACAAACCUACACAACAACAACAACAGAAAAACAAAAAAAGCUGCUUUGAUAAAUGUCAGUCAGUCAGUGUGUGGAACAAUGCAUACGGUAACGUAAAUAUGAGCGCUACGAGGCUAAGUGUAUGAAAUGGAGACAGAAAGCUACACAGAACUGAAAGCUACAUACGUACAACGGAGGAUUUCCCCUUCACUUGCAUUGCUAGUAUCAAAAACAGGGUUAUUAACUAUGAAUUGCAGACAAAAAACGGAUAGCUGCACUCUUGAAAAGAGUGACAAUGCGGUAAAUUUAAUCAGUGUGCAUAGGCUAAUGCAGGGCACAUGUUUGCUGUUUCCUACUUUUUGUUUUACACCCAAAAAGAAGGGUAACUUUUCCUGUUAUUUUUGUUUUUUUUGUCCACGUCGAGUCUCAUUCAAGCUGUUGAUAGCAUCGCACUUGUCACGCUGACACCUCUCUUUCAUUGUCCCACACUGAUGCAAUGUUGGUACACGAGUUAGGUCUCAAAGCUAUCGCUUGACAUUUAUACAUGAAGUGCACUGUUUCGAUUUUCUUUUCUCCCAGUUUACAAGUUUAUGCUGAAGUGGGAGGGAGGGAAGGGGGGAGUAAAGAACUGUUGAAAUGCUGUCAGAUAACGUGGGUGAUGGCACACAGAGGCCGCAGUCCCAAACCACUCCCUACCCACUAACCACUUCACCACGACUGUGGAGGACACUCGUGAUUCAGGGCAGAAGGUCACCAUCAUUGAGCAAUCAACACGUGCAACAUGAGAUUGCGGGAUCGCUAAAAAAAAAGCACCAGAAAUCAAACAAAAACAAACAACUAUAGAGACAGACGCGGGGCAACAGCAACAGCUAAAGCAAGAUUGCUGCAACCUUGAAAAGUCUCAAGAGCAAAAUCUGCUGCUAAAGACAGCAACGUGUUGUUCAGUAGUUUGACGGGAUAAACACUUCUUGUCCCCGCCCGCCCCUGCUCUCCUGCUGUAUACACACAAACGCUCCCUCAGACAUAGUUAAAUUUCAAACUUUUAACUUAACUUUUAAUAAUGUUACAUUCACUGCGUUUACAUGCAUGUGAGAAGUCCAAUUUUAGUCAAACUAAGACAAUAAUUUGGUUUUCGUAAUGUCAUGUGAACACGUUAGUCCGACUGAAAUAGAGGUAGUCUUAGUCGGACUAACAUACCUGGAUAAUAGGAUUCAUAGUCUGAUUACUCCUGCAUGAAUGCGCUUAGUCGGACUUGGCAUGAUCUGUCUCACUGUUUUGUUUUUUGUUUGAGAGAUACAGCGCCACCUACUGUAAGGAGGCGGAGUCAGACGUACAAGGGCAAUAAAUUGAUUGAUCUCCCUCGCAUGUAUAUUCUGACCUGGCGAGUUGUCCGAUUGCCUGUCUUAGUCGGACUACGGCCUUAGCUCGAUUAAAGAGCUUGACAAAGACCAAACCAAAGAAGUUACGUACUGUAGCUUUAAAAUAAUGGACUUGUGUGUGAACAGCAUAGAUUAUGUGAGUUUGUAGGAGAUUAUAAAGUUAGCAUGAGCAAAGCAAAUGUGAGAGUUUGAUCUUAAGUACAUUUAUAGCCUGUUUCCUUCAUUCUCAUGUUGCACCUCCUGCUCGGAUUGUAAUAAGGUAGUACACGUGGUUUGGGACGGUCCCCAAAAUGGAUAACGAAGAGUGUUUUUUGGACUGGGCCAUCAUCUGUUGUCAGCAACUCCAACCUCAACACCCUUGACCUCUGUACCCCUCUUUGCCAUUUUCACCUUUUCAACACUUUUCUCAGUUUGUUGCUCCUUCAAACGCCAAGAGUUCUUAAUCUGGGGUUGAAAAAUUUCACCCUGGCUGCAAAGUCUGUAAAUUAAGAAAAAGCGGCUUGUUUACCGAACUGUAUCACAGAGUUGUUGCCAUCGCCACCGGAUCAAUCUAUAGACGUUGACAGCCAGACAGCAAACACUGCGAGAACCUCUUUUAUUUUUAUUAUAUUUUGUAUAAAUUCUUUCUCCUUUUUUUUUUUUAAAUUUGGCUAAUUAACUAUAUGUUGGGUGGAAGCUACGUUUAAGUUUCUGUCAGAGACUCCGCCCACACUCUACGUGAAAUGAUUUAAAACAAAAAAAGAUGAAAAAACAAACAAACAAAUGGACAAAAAAAUUCUGUGAUUGUUUUGUAUUUUUCAUUUUUUUAAAAAAUUUAAUUUUUUAUUUUCUUUUGCCUUGGCUCUUCACAGCUCUUCAGGUUGAAAUACAAUUUGCAUUUGGGGUGAAAUGAUUUAAGAUUAUAUAUGAAUAUAUAAUAAAGAACUUACAAAUAUAGGAAAAAUGCACAGUCAUGUCGAUUCCUAUGCUUAAAAAACACAUUUAUGGUCUACUUUUUUCCUGUAUUUCUAGAAACUGUAUUUGAAUUCAAUGUUCACUUAGAAUAGGCACUAUAGUAUUUAUAUUGAGGCUCGUAUUUUUAACUGUUGCUUGUGCUCUCUCAAAGGUAUUUACCAUACCUUUUUUUGGUAGUGGAAUUAAAAAAAAAAAAAAAAAAAGGUGAAAAAAAAAAGGUGAAAAAAUCCCAGGCUGCCACAGUAUAUUUUUUUAAUUUGGCAGGAUAAUAUAGUGCGAAUUAUUUGUAUGUUUAAAGAAAUAAAAGUAAAAAAAAAAAAGUAAAAAAAAGCAGCUAAAGUACGUGGCAUCGGGGGACGCCCGCGGGGCCAUAAAAUGGCCGCCGCGCUGUUUCCUGUGCACACAGGUGGUUGUACAUAUCUUCUUUGUUUUUUUUUUUUUAUUUGUUUUUUUUAAUUCUGGGUUCCUCCUCCUGGCUCCGCCUCCUCCUCCGCCCCUGCUGCCAUUCUCAUAUGCAGUAAAUGCAAGCUGACGUCAGCCUGUUCUGUUGUGUGCUUCUGUCUUUCUCACCCCCCCCAACCCGAGCCCCGCCCCCGACUCCUCCUCCCACCUGACGACAUUCCAACACUGAGAAGCGACAGAAAGAGAGGGGAAAAAAAAAAACUUCAUAUGCAGUACAUGGAUUACGAAAAAAAAAGCGUCAAAAAUAAAUACACUUUGAAAGAAA